ACUGGAAAAGAAGCACAAACUAGGUUUGCAAGCAUGAGCUAAGGGCGUCCUGUACCAUCCUGUUACCUCCGUGUAUCCUGCGAGUUGCGUUUGGGUGAUGCUAGUUCCUAGUGGAAAGUAAAAGCUGAGCAAAACUACAUGAAAUCGUUUCCAAAAAGGGCUGUGGACUGGAGCCAAAGCUCAGCCUAAUCACUUCAGUGGAGUGAGAAAUGACAAUGGAGAACUUUACAGAUGUCUGGGCAAAGCUCAAGGAACUGCAUGACCAAGAAGUACAAGGACUGUACACAAAACUAACUGAAAUAAACAUGGAGCGAUGUCUUGAUGCACAGAGAUUGGACGAGCUGUUUAGCAAGAACCACCAACUGAGGGAGCAGCACAAGAUAAUGAAUGAAAAUGUCAAGAACUUGGAAAACAGGUUACGUGCAGGUCUGUGUGACAGAUGUACAGUCACCCAAGAACUGGCCAGGAAAAAACAACAGGAAUUUGAAAGUUCUCAACUCCAAAGCCUUCAACAUAUUUCCAUUCUCACAAAUGAAAUCAAUGGAUUGAAAGAAGAAAACAAAUUGCUUCACCAAGAACUGAGAAAGCUAAAAUAUUUCUUGGAAGCUAGGCAAAGUCAAGUGUAUCCAAGAGGAAGCCGUUCUUUGUCAGACAAUGCCACACCUGCAGAAUCAGUCUUGAAUACUAAAAGGAAACAAAGUUUGGAUUGUUCAUUCAGUUCUAUGCAAGAGCAUCAGAGCCUUAAGCAAGAGUUUAAGCCAUUUACAGAAGAUAGUCCCACUGCUUCGAAAAGGUCUGUUUCUCAUAAUCUAUCUGAGAUACCGUUAUUUGAUUUGCAUCCCCAAAGAAUAUCUAACCAGUUGCAUGGAACGAUAGCAGUGGUGCGUGCUGGUGCUGGUGCUGGUGCUGGUGAUGGAUCAUGCCGUACGCCAGAGAGAGAUGCUACUACAGCACAGACCAGUGUGAAAAACCAUGAAUGUAGACAGCAUGAGGAGGUACAUAACUUUUCUAAAGAUUGCAGAAGAAGUAGACAUCUUUCAGAGCAGCCAGACAUGACAAGGCAAAAACACAACAGAGAAGAAAAGAAUCCACCUCUUUUCUGUUUAAAGACUGAGGAAACGAUUGACAGAUCUGUGGAGAAACCUUUGGAUUUAUCAGAUUACAGUAAAAACAAAACGCCAUCUUGGUCCACUGACAGAAGUGAACUGUCCAUACAAUUUGAGUCCAAGAAACCAAGAUUCAAAGAGCCAGCAGAAAAGCCACAUACUCACAAUAAUUUACCAGGUGGAAAUUCCAGGGACAGUUCACACUCUUAUGAAGCAGUCGCCAAGGUGGUGAGUGUUGAAACAUCCAGUAAAGAUAAGACACAGAUUGUGUCGAGCCCUAAAGAUGGAUUAAAAUUGAGUGACAAUGAAGAGAAAGUGUACAAGAAUUUGAACAUUAAGGCACAAUAUGACAGCAAUUCUAAAUCCAGAGAGCCAGAUGUCAAUCCACGGAUUAGAAUGAAACUAUGCACUAAAAGACCCAAGACGAAGAAUGGGGGAAAUCCAAGUGUGGAAGUUCAUCUGCAAUUUUUGAAUAUGCAGCCAGACAUGCAUGAUCCCCCUCAAUGUGAGACUGAAAACUUUCAAGAAGUGCAUGGAAACCAAGAGAUAACAUCAGAAAAUGUGAAGCAUCAGUCUGGAAGCAAUGAGUUACAGCCAAAGAAGAAGAAAAAGAAAAGGCUCCAGGACUAUUGGACCUCUGCCGCAUAUAAGAGAGGAAGACGAAUCAAAAGAUGCAAACCAACACCAUCAGCCUCCACACAUGCCUCACAAAGAAGUGUAGAAAUCACAGAAAACAGAACAUCCAGCGAUCCAGAGUUAGUUCCAGGAAGUUCAAAUUGAGAAGGGGAUUUACCACAAAGCAUUAGAACUGAAUACUGAAGAUUCUCUGUGAACAGAAAUAUAUACAUGACAUUGUUAAGCUCUGGUUCAAUCACAAAGUUCUAACUUUUUUCUGAUCAGCAGUCAACCAAACAUUCUAGUGGAUCAAUAGCUGGUUUAGAAUUGAACACUUACAUUAAAGGGUAGAAAUUAGCUUUGUUUCUCAGAAUCAGUUAUGUUAUCUGUCAGAAUUUAGGCUGAAUUUGAAAGUUGUGUCGGCAAAAUCACAAUAACACGAACACGAGUUGAUCUCGUUCUGGGAUUCAAGGAAAUCUGCCAUUUCUAACAGGCAUUUCCUUGUGGGUUAAAGAAUUGCUGAAAAAAUAGAGCACUUCAAUUUAUGAUCUCCUGUACUGAUAAAGUGUUUAUUGUCUAAGUAAGAGUAAGAGCGUCACUACCCCAAUAUUAUUUCUUAACCAUAACCUUUUAUAGUUCCUGCUGUCAUUCAUUCUUCCAUUUCCUAAUACCAGCUUUUCCUACAUCCUCUCUAAAUGAGAUUACCAAUGUAAUGUCGAAAUCAUAUGACAUAAGCUUUGUAUGCUAAGAUAGAGGGACAGAAAUGAAACAGAAAUUCCUUUCACUUAGAACCCUUAUAAAUAACUGAAGGAUGUAGACUAAAGACUAUCAAUCAGAAUAUAGAAGUCUUAUUUUACUUGUGGGCUCCUCCUUGCCUUGAGUCUUUCAGAUGUGUCAUCUCUAUUGAGGUGAGCAGUUGAGAAAUCCCCUUUGAGACAUUUCCCUGACUUUUCUUAAUUGCAAAUGGAAACUCUUCACCUCUACUAUUUCACUCCUAAGCAGAACAGCCUAGGCUUAUGUGCCUCUGCUCUAUCACUCUCUGCUGUGAUAUUUCAGUACACUUCGCCAUUCUGUCAGCAAUUGCAUGACUUAUUCCGUUCUAACGUUUUUGAGAAGACUCGUAGCUCAGGUUGUGAAUGAGGUUGUUGAUUUGUUCACUGGGCUGGUAGGUUGGUUUGCAGACGUUUCAUCACCGUACUAGGUAACAUCAUCAGUGCGCCUCUGAGGAAGCGUUGUUGGUCUGUCCCGCUUGUUAUUUAUGUGGGUCCAGUCUGAUGUGGUGGUUGUGGUUUCUGGUUCUGCUUCAUAGUAAUUGGUAUAUGGGGUCUAUUUCCACAGCUUUGUAGAAGGAGUUCCGGGUUGAGUACCAGGCUUCCAAGAAAUCCCGUUCAUGCCCUUGGUUGGCUUGUCUUAGGAUGGUUAUGCUGUCCCAGUCGAAUUCAUAGCCUUCUUUGUCCAAGUGUAUGGAAACCAGUGAUAGUUGGUUGUGUCUCUUGGUAGCUAGUUAAUGCUUAUAGACCCUGAUAGUUAGUUUUCUCCCAGUCUGUCCGAUGUAGUGUUUGUGGCAGUCCUUACGUGGGAUUUUAUAUAUACCGUUGGUCCUGUUAGUUGUGGAUAUGGGAUCAUUUGUUUUUGUCAGUAGUUGUUGUAGUGUAGCUGUGGGUUUGUGUGCUAUCACAAUUCCGAGUGUUCAGAGUAGUCUGGUGGUCAUCUAUGAUAUGUUCUUGAUGUAUGGUAGGGUGAUUAGUGUAUCCAGGCAUGCUAUGUCUUCCUGUGGCUGUCUGUUGAGUAAGUACCAGCAGACGCUUUUUGGGUGGCUGUUGUUUUUAAUGACACUGUGGAGGUGUUUUUUUUCGGCUUUGCACAGUUCCGGCAUGCUGCAGUGUGUUAUGGCUCCUUUGAACACAGUCCUGAUGCAGUUCGUUUGUGGGUGUUGGAGUGGUUGCUGUUGUAGUUAAGUAUUUGAUCCGUAUGGGUAGCCUUCCUGUAUAUGGUGCUCUGGAGCUCAACGUUGGCCCUUCAUUCAACCAAUACAUCCAGGAAUGAGAAUCAGGUUGUUGUUCUGCUCUUCCCUGGUAAAUUUUAUGCCAGUGAAGAUGUUGUUGAUGAGUUGGUGAGAAGUGACUCAAAAUGCAUCUAUUCAGAUUUCCCGACUGCUAUCAUUGGACAAUGUACAUUGUCUGUACAAGUAACAAAAUCAUCCCUCUGGCCAUAAAUUUCUGCAUGGUGUAUUUGGUCGUGGAUUAAUUGGACUUUAUGCCAACCAUUGAUAUGGUAUUUUCACUCUACAAAACGUUGAAAUGAAUAAUGUCAUGCAGAUGAAUGCAUCAUUCUAAAAGUGCAACUUCCCAACAACUUCUAGCCUCUACAGUCUAAAUAAUCUAUGCAAUUUAACUGUGUAUUUAUAAAUAAUCUGUAGACAGUGUGCUACUUUGGGAAUGUCAACAAGCAUUUAUAUUUAUCUUAAGAUGAACCUCAGCAAGUUUCAUUUCCUGCACCACUUAAUGUGUUUAUGUAAAGUUCCCUUGUGUGCUCUUUAACACAUUGUAUUUAUAUUAGUUAAAAGUAAUAUCAUCAUGUGAAGCAAUGAAACAGUACAGGACAUUAAACAUAGAUAUGCUUUAAAAAUAAAUCCCCAUGCAUUGAGUAUUGACUUGUUUUGGACUGGAGUUAAAUGAUACAAACUGAAAUGUCAAAAAGCCAUAGAAAUUCAUUUAGAGCAUCUCAUUGAUGAAAUUGUGUUUUCAUAAGGAUGAUCAGAAAGACAGGUGUCUUAUAUGAUACUGAACUCUUAUAUUGAACUAAUUCCAAAACUGCAAAUCUUUAGGUUAUCACUGUUACUGAAGGAAUUGACUUUUCACACUGCUAUCUAUUAUAAUUUUUUAGCAGCCAGGUCAGAAAUUGUUGCAAAUGGUACAACUGGGUAAAUUAUAUUCUAUUGCACAAUGACAGAAAUGUAUUUGCAUUGCAUUUUGCUGUAACAGAGCUGAAUCUCUUUUGUAUUCAUUGUGAAGAGCAGGCAUCCAUAUUAAAUCAAUAGCAGAGUUGCUCAUUUUUUAUUAUUUCUUAGGUAACCAGCCUGUGACACCAGUGCAAUGUUCAGUAGAGAGAUAUUGCAGUGCAUGUAGCUUAAAAAUAUGAAAAAUGUUGCUGAAUAAAAUUGUUUGCUUUAAAUAAAGGUGCCUUU